AUGCCUGAACACGCUAUCAAGGUGUUGGCUGAGUUCAUCAACGACGAGCCGUCCACGCUUCCCCCUGAAGCAACUCGAGCGCUUCCUAGCUCGCCGCAGGAAGCGCUCAAGUUCUUGGAUGACAAGUGGUAUUCGCCUCUCACUCGCGGCGGUCGGUGGAUGGACCUCAUUGGUGACUACGCUGGAAAGGAACCGUUUGUCAUCGAUGGCGAUUCCCUGAUUCAAUUCGUGCUUGAUCAACCCUUACUUGCCCUUGGGCGUCCCGAUGAUCCCAGUUUUCAACUCGUGCAUGCUCUAUAUGCGUUGGAAACUCUCGUAGAAAAGUUCCUGAAGCGAGAUGCCGUCUUUGAUAUUGUAUUCUGGCAAACGUUGCAACAUUCCACGUUACAGACCGGGUCGUCGGCAUACGUCUUCGCGUCUCGAUAUCUUGCUCGUGCUUUGCUGAAGCGUCAAUUGAACAAAUUACCCGUUGAUGUGUAUGCCUUCAAUGAUCUGGAAGACCCGGAAUGGCUUGCGUACUACAAACGAGUCAAGCCAAUGUUCGUGAUGCUCGACGACGGUGGUUUGCUCCAGCAAGAUAAGCGACCCCUGGCAGCCGAGCGCCUUCUGACUAGGCGCAAAUUCAUAUUCGGUCUUCUCAACGGCGGCGUGGCCAUAUCGUUACUUCCCGGUGCUCAGUUCCGAGAUUCUAAGAUCCUUGCCUUCAUCUAUACGUCGAAUUACGACCCGCUUGCUGCGCGCCGAUACCCUGAUGCGCUAUGGGGCAUCGCAAAGGCGUCUGGAGCUGCUUUAACUGCGAAGUAUACGACGUACCUCUCUGAUGUUGCCAAAGUUUCGCGAGGGUCCACCGACAGCCGGAAUUGGCUUGCAGGUAUAGUCGGGGCAUACCGAUCUUCUUACCAAACUUUGCCGGCCCUCCACCCCGAGCUCUUGUACGCCUUCGUCGCGCAUUACCUUCUUCUUCAAGAGAUCGGUGUGGAUGGCCGUGCACAACGGCUACCGGUCCUUCCUGACGCCCUUGGACAUCCGAUCUUGAACGAAUUCCUUCCGCGUAUAUUCAUAAUCAUGGGCAGCGCGAGCGAAAGUUCGGACGUUGACCUUGAUGGACGGGUCUUCGCAUCUCUUCUUCACUUCCUCGUCCGAACUCAUCCUUCAUCCUUCGCCGAAAUUAUUGGCGUUGAAGUGGCAGAAAAGGUGAAUCAAAUAUGGGAAGAGUGCGGCAUGGCCCCAAUCAACGUGGCCUCGCUGUUGAAGCAUUGCGCCUCAGUUCCCUUGGUGCCCGAAUCCCCAACACCCCCGGAAGAUUUGCAAUACGCUUUGCUACCUUUUACGAACCCUGUCCUUGACGAGGAGCUCGCAGAUGUCCGCGUCUCCGUUGCCGAUGACUCCGACUCCGACGGGGAAGAUCCUCACUACCUGAGCUUUGGCCGGGGAGUUCCCUUCGUGGACACACAGCACUGGCACGAUACUCGGAAGACCAUACUACCGAAGUGGCUAGGCGGCCAGAAUCCUCAAAAAGUAGCCGCCUGGCUGCACCAGCGUCGUAUGAAGUUUGCUCAGAUCGACAUGAAGAACGUGCAUCGCCUGGCAAGCACGCUCACCGGUGCCCAGGGUGCAAUCCUGCAGCCAACAGCCAUCCCUUCAGCCAAGGCAUCCAAGGCCCAAGCAGCCCCUUCGCGGGAGGCCUCGUCAAAGACAAAAGGGAAGAAAGGUGCGCCGAAGAAGAUGACCGCCGCGGAAAAGAUCAUAGAAGAAAACAAGAGGAGAAAAGAGGAGAAAAUCGACGCUGAAAACCUGAAUUGGUGGCAGGGACAUCUCGCCGACCUUAGCAAGCUCUCCGUGGACGCCCAGAAAGAAUAUAUGGUCAAUCUAUGUCGCAGCAAUCGUACCAGCCAAGGAUGGCUCUCCAUAGAGACGCGGCUAUAUCGUCUCCACCUGGAGAUUACACAAUGGAUGCAGCAACCCGAUCCCAAGGAGGGCAAGGUUCAUGAUGCAUAUUCGGUCGCCGUUUUCCGUAUGGUCGUCGAGCUCUAUAGAAAUCCCGGACUAUGGCCCAAGGCAAUCGCAAUCCUUGAUUCAGUCAUGGUCUCGCUCGGUCUCGAGGACUAUAUUCCCGCCCUGACGACAGCAGCGGACUGCCAUUCGUCUGACAGGUCUUUGUCUUUCUCAUUCAUAAAGCUCAUCAAGUCCAAAACGAAGAGUCUAGUGCAUAAGUCCAUGCGCGUCAGAGAACAUCCGGUGAUGUGGCAACUUCGAUUGUUCGGAGAGUACAUGGACCGCUCUAUGGACAGCGCACCGGAUCGCCGCGUCUCAUUCGAACCAGAUGCAUGGCAACGGAAGGUGCUGGACUGCAUUGACGAGAACCAUUCCCUUCUGGUAGUCGCACCUACCAGUGCCGGCAAGACCUUCAUUUCGUACUACGCUAUGGAGAAAGUAUUACGGAACUCGGACGACGGAAUCCUCGUGUUCGUUGCCCCUACCAAAGCGCUGGUCAAUCAGGUGGCAGCCGACGUCUAUGCUCGGUUCCGUAAGGAUUUGAGUGAUCGCGCUUGCUGGGCUGUGCAUACCAGGGACUACCGGAUCCACGAUCCUCAGAAAUGCCAGAUAUUGGUGACAGUUCCUGAGAUCCUAGCUACUAUGCUUCUGUCGCCGGCUCAGGCCCGAAACUGGACCCCUCGGAUUCAGAGGAUCAUCUUGGACGAGAUACACUCUAUUGGUCAACAAGAGGGCGGAGCCGUAUGGGAGCAAAUUCUGCUGCUGGCUCCUUGCCCCAUUAUUGGUUUAUCGGCGACUAUCGGCGAGCCAGAGGUCUUCAACGCGUGGCUGGAACAGGUACAGAGGACGCACAGCUUCAAACAUACCUUCGUGCAUCACGCUACGCGGUACUCUCACCUCCGCAAGUUUGCCUACCAGAUCUCCUCGUCUGCAGGGCAAGAGGAAUUCCAAGGUCUCGCCAAGUACAACGCUAGCGAUCGCCUGAGUUUUCUUCACCCGGCAUCCUUGCUUGCAUUCGGCGCGAGAUCACUGCCUUCAGACUUUUCGUUGGAGGCUAGGGAUACUCUGUCACUAUACAGGACACUUGAACGCCACCGUGAUGCGAUUCCUGAUGUCGACAUAGAUUCUCUGGAUCCAGUCAAAUAUCUUCCAUCUUCAAGACUGUUGCGGCAGAACGAUGUGCUGCAAUACGAAGCAGCGUUGAAGAAAACGCUUUCCGAACUCAUGGCAUCGUUCGACGUCAAUGACAGUCAUGCACCUCUCCUGCGAAUCGCGAGAGACCUGGAGGACCCCGAAUUUACGCGACUUCGCACAGUUUCUCCUGCGAUUUUGCACGCACAGCCUAGCCGUCUCGCCUUCUUCAACAAUUUUAUCUACCUUGUUUCGGACCUUCACGUCGCCGGAGAUCUCCCUGCGAUUGCAUUCAACUUUGAUCGUCAUGACUGCGAACUCUUGGCCCAGGUACUGGUGCAAAACCUGCAACAGGCUGAAUCCCAGUGGCGGCGAGUUAGUCCUGAGUGGCAGAAGAAGUUGAAGCAGUUUGAAGUCUGGAUCGCAACAGAGAAGCAGCGUCAACGGACUGUCGGGCGUAUGAGCAAAAACAAGCAACGUACCGAAGCCGGCGUGGACGAAACACCAAGUCAAGUGUCUUGGGAAAGCUCCUUUGACCCCACCGACCCAUCGCCUCAAUUUAGCUUCGCCGGCAACAACCGAGCGUAUUCGUUCAACGAGCUCAAGGAAGACCUUGACGAUAUGGUCAGGAGCCGAACACAUAUCCCGGAAUGGGCUGUGCAAGCUUUACGUCGAGGUAUCGCGGUGCACCACGCCGGAAUGAACAAACGAUAUCGGAACCUGGUUGAGAGUCUGUUCCGGCUCGGGUUCGUUCGAAUAAUGAUUGCGACAGGAACCCUUGCACUCGGAAUAAAUGCGCCAGCACGAACUUCGAUAUUUUGCGGGGAUUCUCCCUUUCUGACCGCUUUGAUGUAUCGCCAAUGUGCAGGCAGAGCUGGUCGCAGAGGAUACGACCUCCUAGGAAAGGUCGUCUUCUACGGUAUUCCUCUCGAUCGGAUACAACGACUGGUGCUUUCGAAAUUGCCUUCUCUCGGCGGACACUUCCCGCUCACUUCCACCCUCUGCCUCCGCAUCCUCAACCUCUUGACCGGAUCAGGUCACGCAGAGGUAGCUGUGAAGUCGGUCCGCGCUCUGCUGCGAUUACCGCAGAUCACAGUGAAGUCCGAUUCUGGACACCAACAAGUCCUCCAUCAUGUUCGGUUUAGCAUUGACUACCUGCGGCGGUCCGGUCUUCUGGAAGAAGAUGGUACUCCAAUGAACUUGUAUAGCGCAGCGGCGCACCUUUACCAUACGGAGCCGUCAAACUUUGCCCUCGUCGUCCUCCUUCGUGCCGGAGUCUUCCACAGGAUCUGCCACGACAUGCCUAGCGUUGCCGCCAAACGAGAAAUCAUUCUCAUUCUCUGCCACCUUUUCCAAAGACGGUACCUGCCGCGCACCUUCGCCUCAGAGCAAUACUUCAAGGAAAUCACGACGAAGUAUCCAUCUGUGGUGAAGCUGCCGCCACUUCCGGAGCACGCUCGGGCGGUGCUCGUGGACCACGAUCAAGAGAUAUUGCGAGUCUUCAAGAGCUAUGCGAUGACCUAUGCGGAACAGCACGCGCAGGAGUUGUCGCAAGAGCAAUGCCUGCCCCUCAGCAAGCAGCAAUUCGCAGUGUCAGAUGACCUCAAAUCGGCCUUCGUCCGCAGUUUGCGCGAAACGAGGAUCCGCUCCAUCGUGCGCUCGCCUUUCGUGUGCAACUCGGGACACGGCGAUGAUUUUAGAACUGUUCCCGAGCUGACGGCCACGGCUUCCCGCGGGCUGCACUUGAAUGCAGACGCGAUCCCUUCAAUGAGCGAUUUCACCCGACUACCCAGAGAAGGUUACGAGUACGCGCUCAACGCCCAUAUUUACGAUUUCUAUGUUCAUGGACAAGACGAAACCCUGGUUCGGGCCAACAAGAUUCGUCGAGGCGAUCUCUGGUACAUCCUGGAGGAUUUCAACAUGACUCUCGCCAUUGUCAAGGGUACGCUAGGUCAGCUCCUCACGGCCGCGGCCAGUGGAGGCCUCGGGGCCAUGGACGACAUGUUGAACGAAGAACUAGGCGGUGUGGACCCCGCUGAAGCGAAUACUGACGAAGCCAUUGAGACCUCGUGGCUAUCCAAAGAUCCAAAGGUAGACGACGAGGACUCCAACGACGAGGAGGAUGUUGCUCAAAUAACGGACUCCCUUGGGACGCCGGUGCAAAAGCCCAAAGACGUCUCCGAGCUCGAUUGGAAGGUUUAUGAAAUGAUAAACGCUGCGCAUGCCGAGUUCAACGAGAAGUUCAAGGCUAUGUGGGCAUGA